AUGCUACUCACAGAGGAGGCGGACGAGGAAGAGGAAGACUCCGACUCGUCCGCGAUCGGCUCGCCCCUAGCUGGCGGCAACCGCACCGCCCGCGGGGACGACCAACGGCGGCUCGGCGGCGGACGACGGCAGCAGCAACCGAGCUCAAGCAGAGGAGCCGCUACCGCAAAUAGUUCAACAGCAGCGACAUGGGCAUGGGCGAUCCCGCCGGCACCGCGCCCGCUAGGCGGCAUUGGUGGUGCCUCGUAUUCCCGGCUGCAGAGGGGGGACUACCGCAGCGAGGGCGAGCAGCCUUCCACCGAGCGUAACGGGAGCCGCCGCCGGCAGCACCCCCUGGGGGAGGCCGCCCGGCAGGACUCGUUCCGCACGAACCGCAUGCCCAAGCGCGGGGGCCGCAAGCGCCUCCGGCGCAACCUGGACCGGCCCGCCGCGGCUCGCCGCCGCCGGAUAAAGAUCCGCGUGUCCUCCUACUGCGUCGCCCGCGGGCUGGAGACGCUGGAGCUGCUCAAGUGGCUCGAGUCCCAGCCGAACCGUCAGCUCUCGAUUGGUUACCUCGCCGAGGGAGCGGGGGGUGCGGCUGCGGCGCCCCGGGGGCCGGUCGGCGCGGCCGCGGUCGCCGCCGCCACCGCCGCCACCGCCACGGGGGCGAAGACGGGCGGACAAGAGUGGCGGGGCGGCGGCGGCGAGGCGGCAGACAACGGGGGUGGCGGCACCGGUGUCGAUGUUGAAACGGCCGGUGGACCAACAGCGACGGCGGCGGCCUCUCCGGGGGUAGACGGGCUCGAGUGGAUGGACUCGCUCUACAUCGACGUGAUCCACUCGACCACCGACCUUCGGGGGGGGCUCCGAAAGGCUCGCGAGCUCGAACGGCCCGCUUGGGAAACGGACGAGUACGCCGACGGGGAGGAAGGCUACGGGGACGGCUACGACCAAGAGCAAGAGGAGGUGGACGGCACUGGUGUCGGCGGCGGCGGCGGCGGCGAGGACGGAGGCGAUGAUGCCGUCACCCGCCACAAGGACAUCAUGUUCUUCCCGUACGGCGCGGUUGUGUUCUGGGGGUGCUCGGAGGCCGAGGAGAAGGAAGUACUGUCCAACCUCACCCGCUUUAUGAUGGGGAAAGUGUCAGAGACCGAGCUCGCCCAAUCCUUCGACGACAUGACUUUCGUGUACCGACACCGCGGGGGGAAAAGGGGCGUGCCUUUGAAAAACGACGAGAUCACCCUGGAUACUCAAGAUCCCGCCGAGAAGCUUGCGUACUCUUGUUCCCUGGCUCAGUCCGCCAAGCUGUUUGUGUUCGAGGAGCGGCUGGACAACAUCAUUGAGACCACCGCCAAAUACCCGCAAGUCCUAGCCGCCACGGGAAAGAUUCCACUGACAGAAGUUCAAAUAGGGCGCUUGGUUGGACGAGUGCUCUGCGAACAAAAUGAGGUCAACUUACACUCCGACAUCCUGGACACGCCUGAGUAUUUCUGGGAGGAGGACGCUUGGGAGCCAGCGUACGAGGCGCUGUGCGCCUACCUUGACAUUCCACUGAGGGUGGACAACCUCAACAAGAGGCUGAGCAUACUGAGGGAGCUGCUCGACGUUCUCUCGACCCAGAGCACGAACGCGCACGCGACGCGCCUGGAGGUGAUCAUCGUCUACCUCAUCUUCGUGGAGGUGGCCAUCGAGCUGGUCUGGAACGUGAUCAUCAAGGACGUGCUUCGUCUCGUGGGGGGUUCCGACAGGGACUAAAAGAGUAAAUAGCAUAGAUACCGAUGAUCGGAGGCCGUGUGCCUUUCCGCAGGAUGCGUUGGGAGAAAGAAAAGCCUGCUGAAGUUGAUGCGUGUGGUUGUUUGUUGCCGUGUGCUCGUGUGCGUGAUUAGUGUUCAAACGAUACCGGUCAUGCAAAACACCUCCAAAGGCCAUGAUCUGGAAUCCCGUGAGGUGUGUGUGUGUUUGUGUUGCUUUUUUUUUCUGUUGUUCUCGUGGACCUCGCUAUUUGGCCGACCAAUCAGAGCGCGUCUGUCAGCGUAGAACAUUAGGAAGGAUGCCAUUCCCAAGAGGGCCUCCGACGAGGGGGCGCCGCGGACGAGAAUGCACGGCAGCCUCUAGCCUCUAGCCUCUAGCGUCCGUAUUGAAAGAGUGCUUGUAAAGCAAGAGGACACACCGUAAGUAAGUGCUGUCCCUCCUGUGAUACCUGAAUCAAUCUCGUGGCGAUGUGCUUGUUUCCGUGUGUGAUGGUGUGAUACUAUCGUGCCGUGUCGUAUGGCAUCGCGCUGUGUCGUGAAGCUUUUUUUUGGCAGCUCGGUCUGCAAGACAACCAGGAGAUAUUUAGUAGCGGUUGAGCCGCCCGCAGAACCCGGUUGUGCAGAAAAAUGCCGACGCAGAGGUCUCCACAUUCCGCUCGCUCUAGAGGACGGCGCGGGGCUGAGAGCUUAGAAAGGGCUGUGGGUGCCGACGCGGG